AUGGCCAUGUCCCGACGUAAGCAACUCCAUCCGAAAUCACUGAAAGAAGGGGAUGAAACCGUCUUUGUGUUACCCGAUGAGCUGAAAUGCGAUGAAGAGUCACAUGAGAUCAUCGCUCGUAUUGAUAUCAAACAAGGACAUCGUUUUGGUCCAUUUCCUGCUUGUCUUGUAUCUUGUCAACAACGAUUAUCGUCUGAUUUUGAUUCAAUGGACGGCAAUGGUAGUAGUAGUAAUAGUAUGAGCAUGCAAAUUGAUAAUAAUGAACAAUCAUUUCAACUACUCGAUGCGAAACAUAACUGGUUGACGAGAUGUUCAAUAUCGAGUAAUGCAACAUCGAAUUUAGAUAUUCAAUUUCAAGAUGAGCAAAUCCUUGCUAUAUUAACUGAGUCGAUCACAAAUGGUACUCGUCUUUGUUCGAAUGCGAUUAUUCUUCCAAAAGUGAUGCAAAGCGAAGAUUCUCCAGUAAAAUCAACGAUGAGUUCGAUUCCAGAUGAGAUUAAAGUCAAAGAAGAACCUAUCGAAUCCUCUGAAGAAGAACGACAGCAACAGCCAUCUGAUCUCUCGUCAACGAUCAAAUCGGAAUCACCAAUCGUACCAAAAUCCAAAGAAAUAAAAAAACUCCAUCCUUUGAUGUUCACCUGCGACGACUGCGGCGUUCGAUUCAGUAACCGAAGUACGCUAGAUGCUCAUCGACAACACUAUUGUUUAAAACGUGGCGAAGCAAGAAAAAGUCAUUCGAUAGAUUCAACAAUGCCUGUUAAACUAAAGAGCAUCAAACGCAAACAUAUCGAGACAAGUGAUUCGUCGACUCCGCCAACAAAACAUAAUCUUCUUCAGCAUAAACUACAUUAUUGUCGAAUGAAAUCCUCAACACAUCAACUUAAUGAACAAAACAUCCCGAAUUCGUUUCGACCACCGAUACCAUUCGAUCGACCUAUUCAAAUCGGACAAUUUAUCUACGUACCUGUGCCUGUUGUGUCAUCAUCAACCGAAAACACUGAACAAUUAGUAUCACCAUCAAAUAAUGAUAAUAAACCGUUAGAUUUGAGUAAACCCAAAAAAUCUCAUGAUGAGUCCGAAAAAUCCACUUCACCACUUGAUUUAACCAUGGAAAAGCCAACGAAUCUAUUUAACAUACUAAAUUCUUCUGCAGUGACGAAAUCAACCAAUCAUGUUCAACAGCAAAUCUACGAAUGCGAUUACUGUUCAAUAAGAUUCAGUUCUUUAAAAACUCUACAUGCUCAUCAAGAGAACUAUUGUAUUGAAUAUCGUAAACAGAAGAAAACUGUACCGAAUAAUUCAUCAACCAACGAUCCAAAUACGACAAUCAACGAAUCCAAUCGAUCUCAAUCACCAUCAAUCUCGAAAACUCUAUCUGUUUCUCCCAAUGAUUCAUCCAACACAUCUCAUUUACCGCCACAUCGUUCAUCUCCUUUCAUGUGUCGUCUAUGCAAAUAUCGUGGAAAUACUUUGCGUGGAAUGCGUAUGCAUUUCAAAUUUCAUCUCUCUAAUAAUGAACCGUGUACCGAUGAUGAUAUUAUCAUAACGACGACAUUAAACAACUCAUUAUCAACUUUACCUUCAUCCCAAUUACUAUUGAAAUGUAAAAUCUGUUCGGCCAUGUUCGAUCAAGAGGAAACAUUAAUCAAUCAUAUCAAAUGUGUUCAUACGAAAGAAAGUCUACUUGAAUGUUUAGAAUGUCAAUCGAGAUUUUGUUCGAAAUGGAAUUUACUUCGUCAUAUGAAAUUAACACAUACGAAUAUCAAAUGUGAUGACGAUGAGCAAGAUGAUAAUGAGUCUCAUUUGAUUUUGAAUGAAUCAACAAAUGAUCAGAAAAUCGAUGAAGAUCCAGAUCUUUCGUCUUCGUCUUCUCCUCCUUCUUCUCCGUCUUCGACAUCUAAUGAUAAAUCAUCUGAUCCAGUGAAUCUCACACGUAAUGUUCUGAUCGAAUCAAUGGAUAUCAAUUCAAUGAAAAAGUUAUCUGAUGGAUUUGUACUAAAGAAAAAAUUCGCUUGUCCCUAUUGUCACAUCAAGUUCGGGAGUGUUGAGACAUUGAAACAACAUAUGACAAACUAUUGCUCAUCUCGUCCGAAGACUGAUGAACAAACGCAAACGAAAAAGAAAUCGAUGGAGACAUUCUGUUCAUCAUGUCAAAUCCCAUUUCGACAUCAAAGUUCCUACGAUGCACAUAAAAUGUAUUACUGUCGCGGAAGUAACAAAGCUCACGUGAAAAUGCAAGCUUAA